AUGGUGAACUCAAGAGGGGGCUUUUCCACACCUUCACAGCAAACUAUCAUCACAGGCGUUAGCCAUUCACCACACGGCUCUUACCACAGCGCAUUCAGCGCCGGCGCGAGCCCCAGUACAAAUAGCCCUACUGGAUCUAACUCCCUGACAAAAAUUGUCGUCGCCCAAGUCUAUCUUCUUCUGAGCACUAUUAAAGAGGAGAGUAAGGACCGCACCAAGUGGGAACAACAAGCUGAGCAGCUCAGAAAGCUGAUCGAUGAGCACGGUAUGGAAGUGUUCCAAAAAUACUUUAGUCGUCUUGUGGUUGGAAAUGCCGCUACGAUAUUCCCAGGAGUCAACCGACAGGUAGCCAAUACUUCGAAUUAUCCCAUACUGCGAGAUGAGGUCCACAAGGUAUCUCACGAUAUCAACCAGGCAAGGAAGAUUGCAGAGUCUAUAGAGACAGCAAACGAGGAUAUAUUCCGAGACUUCGACCUCUCUACAUUCAUGGAGCAUUUCAAGCUAGACGCGCUCGAGAAGACAAUUCUAGCUUUGGCCUUCAAGAUUGGCUCCAGAUCAGACCUCAAGACUAAGGCGGAUGCCAUCAUAUCUGCAAACUACCCCCAGUUCCUGCAAUUUCUCAUAACUCCAACGCAGUCCCAUGAAGAUAUGCCGUCUGACUUUCUAGCUACGAUUAUCGAUCGAUUUAUACAAGAACACCCUCGAAACUUCGAUGAUACUGCCCAGAACGACCUCAUGAUGGCGCUUCAGUUCCGAUAUCGAAAUCAAAACCCAGAAAAGGAUGCCACACUUCCCACUACUAUCCUGGCAGCUCUCUACCUCAAUCAUUCCUUGCGCGCCGACAAUCCUUUGAUCUCGCUCAUACACAAGGUUGGCUCAAGCUUCACGGCAGACGAAGAAUCAUGCCGAGGCUACCUGCGGAAUGGGAACUUUCGCCUCGACGAAGAGCUGGUGGCUGGUGCUGUGCUCUACACGGCGAUCAGUCGCAGCAUACCCUACUCUACCAUGAUUUUGGUCAACAGCGUGCGGAAGGAGGCCUCGCCCGACUUCAACUGGCAACACGUCAUUGGUUUCUUUGACCAGGACUCAUUGAAGGUAGCCAAAGACCAGUUCCUUGCACUGUAUAAUGCAUUUCGACCUUUCGCGGUCGAGGGCUUAAUUGACAUACAAUACAUGUGGGGAGGGACCUGGCAGAAUACCGAGACGCAACUGUCUUUCAUCAGCGCAUACUCAUCUCUAGAUGAGAGUGAGCUUGAUGCGACAACUAUACCGGGGCUGGAGCUUGCAUUCACAUUAGAGGACUUCGAAGGUUGCGAGUCGGUGGUCAUGGAGCGCGCCGUCCAGGCGAUUAAGCACCCUCUUGUAUCGGUCGUUGCCCUGUCGGCGAUGUUCCACGUUGCUUUACACACAACUGCUGCUUCGGAUACCAUUGAAGCCAAAAGACUCUUUCAAGAAGUUGUAGUACCCAACCUGGACGUUUUCCUCGUUUCAUCUUUUGGUGUCCCGAAACCAUGGCCCGAACUGGCGACGGAUACCAUCAACAACCUGUUUGAUCGUUUCCUCUACAAGUAUGAUUCUAACUUCGACUUCGUACUCGAGGGUCUGUGGCGCAAAGACAAACAAUGGGUGGCACAACGACUUAUCGAAGCUCACGCGAAGCAGCCCAUGGAGUUGCUUACAAUUUUGGACCAUGCUUUGAGGCAUAACUGGCUUGAAGAUCUGACCUCUAUUCCCAAUGGAUUUGGACUGGAUCUCGCUGCGGUCGCCAGUGCCAAAGGCUUCCUUGAUCUGGAGCGUUGGGCUCAGAAGCAUCUAUCACGUAUUCCCGAACUUCCCGGGUCGCUUCUCACCUUCCUCAACAUAAAAGCGGAGCAUGAACUCACAUAUCAGCGCCAGAAGCACCUACACAGUGUGGCGCUUCCCGUCAAGACCAUAUCGAAGCUCCUACAGUUGUUGGAAGAUGCGCUGCCUGGUGGCCCAAUGACGGAGCUUACUCUUGUCCAACGCGCAUGUAUCACAGCAUACCCUCGACUCAUUAAUUACGGAGAGGGAUACGAUGACAUCAUUGACGCAAAUGGCGCAGAAGGCAACUCGCUGCCAACCGAAGCCAAUGAGAAAAUGGAAGCACACUACAAGCAGAUGUACAGUGAUGAGGUCCAGGUCCGCGAUGUCGUUGAAGCCCUGGAAAGAUAUAAACACUCCCGUGAUCCAGCUGAGCAAGAUGUAUUCGCUUGCAUGAUACAUGGAUUGUUCGACGAGUAUGCGCUGUACCAGACGUACCCAUUGGAGGCUCUGGCUACUACUGCUGUCCUGUUUGGAGGGAUCAUCUCGCACAAGCUCAUAUCUGAGCUUCCCCUCAAAAUCGGCUUGGGUAUGAUUCUAGACGCUGUCAAAGAUUCCACUCCAGAUGAAUCUAUGUACAAAUUCGGACUUCAGGCGCUCAUUCAAAUCUUCUCCAGGUUGCGUGAGUGGCCUGGCUUCUGCAAGCUCUUGCUUGAAAUCCCUGGCCUUCAGAACACGGAUGCUUGGAAGAAGGCCGAGGACGUGAUUCAUGCCCAGCAGGACUCUCACAUGUUCCCUCCCACCAACGGUAUGAACGGAGCAGAAAUGAAGACAUCCUCUCCACCAUCCUUCAACGCCCUUCGUUUGGAGCUUCCCACAUACCAAUUUCCGGAUCCCGACGAAGAAGUUCAAGACAAGAUCCAGUUUGUCUUGAACAAUAUCAGCAGUGAAAAUCUACAGGCAAAAUUUGACGAGCUCCAAGAUGUCAUAACCGACGAGAAUCAGCAUUGGUUUGCGAGUCACUUGGUGCAAGAGAGGGCUAGGAUGCAACCGAAUUAUCACAACGUAUAUCUCGGGCUGAUUAAGCUUUUCGAAAAGAAGUCGUUGUGGGCAGAGGUGUUACGAGAAACCUACGUUGGAACCUUUAGGACACUUAAUGCAGAGUCCACCAUGCAAACCGCCCUAGAUCGAACACACCUCAAGAAUCUGGCUGUUUGGCUUGGCUCCCUGACCUUGGCACGCGACAAGCCCAUCAAGCACCGAAACAUCGCUUUCAAGCAGCUUCUGAUUGAGGGAUACGAAUCUCAGCGCCUACUUGUCGUCAUUCCCUUUGUGUGCAAGGUCUUGGCGCAAGGAAGAUACUCCACAAUAUUCAAGCCGCCGAAUCCCUGGGUCAUGGAUAUCAUGAAGGCGCUGAUGGAGUUGUACACGAAGGCAGACCUGAAAUUAAAUCUCAGAUUUGAGAUAGAAGUGCUUUGCCAAGAACUCCAUCUGGAGCACAAGAGUAUUGAGCCAUCAGACGAAAUCAUGAACCGGAUCUCGCACAUUGAAGAACCUACCGAGGUCAUCCCACCCGAAGUCAUGGACAGAUUUGACAACAUUUCCAUGAACGGGAUGGCUGGUGGUGUGGGAGGUGGACGAUUCUCUCCCCACGAAAUCACCUCAUCUAUUCCAGAUCUAGGCCCUUUGCUGCAAUACCCUCCUGUUAAUGACAUGGUCAAUCAAAACCGCCUACAGGAUAUCAUGAAGGCUGCAAUCACCCGAGCUGUUCACGAGAUCAUUUCCCCAGUCGUGGAGCGUUCAGUCACCAUUGCUGCUAUUUCCACUGCUCAGAUGAUACACAAGGAUUUUGCUACUGAGCCAAGUGAGGUCAGAGUCCGUGCAGCUGCGAUCAACAUGGUCAAGAAGACAGCAGGUGCUCUCGCUUUGGUCACAUCCAAAGAACCAUUACGAGCAAGCAUGACCAAUUACAUGAGAGCUAUGUCGACCGAUCUACCCCAAGGUCUCCCUGAAGGAACCGUUAUCAUGUGCGUCAACUCGAACUUGGAUUUGGCUUGCAGUCAGGUAGAGAAGAAGGCAGAAGAGCGUGCAGUUCCCGAAAUCGAGGAAAUGAUUGAGCCAGAGCUGGAAGCCCGUCGGCACCACAACAUGACUCGACCAGGUGAGAAAUAUGUGGAUCCUGGAUUGAGUCGUUGGUCAUGGACAAUUCCUGCUCCUUACAAGCUAUCUCCAUCCGAGAGUGGCCUGAACCAGGAACAAAUGGCAAUCUACGAUGAGUUUGCCAGACAGCCACGGGCCCAACCUGUGUCUGCCGGACCUGCGCACAUUCCCUCCUCCUCAGAUGCCACAAGAUCAAUGGCAAAUGAAAUUCUGCAAGAUUCAUAUGCACCUGUUCCCAACCUACCAACGCCAGCGGAGCCUGCCACAAUGCCGCAUCUCCCAGCUCAGCAACCAACCUAUGCCCAACAAAGUAAUGCUAUGACUAAUGGACGACUGCCAGCCAUGCAGAUUGACCCACGUGUUCUGGCAGACAAAGUUGAGAAGGCUUUGAUGGAACUGGAACGAGUAGCUGCCGAUACCUCCGAGCAACAUUUUGGCGAUCUUCCCCGACCUCAUCCUGUUCUUGACGCCGUUGAUCAACUGUACGGUCUGAUCUUUCGAAGUUCUCAGGGACCUGACCACUACGACUUCUAUAUUGUCGACCACAUCUGCAACAUGCUGUUCAACGGCCCGGAGCAAAAUCUAGUCAUAGAGUGCCUAGUCCAAGUUCUGGAAAAUAUUUGCAGGAUGGCAGGUCGGACAGCAAAUCGUGUGUAUGAACACAUCGCUGGGCGACCUGGCGAGGCCUUUUUCCGUGUACCUCUCAUCGUCUGCUUGAUCAAAGCUCAGCUUCUCGAAUGGGGUCGAGUUGAUGUAGAGAUCUCCCGAGUCAUAUCGGAACGGAAGGAUGGCUCGCUACAGUUCCUCUUAUCCCUCUUGGAAGCUGUCCUUCUCAACGAUCGCCCCACUGCGCUCUAUGCAGACUUUGCAAAGAGUUUGGAGGUCGCCUGGUUGUGGCUCUCCGAUGAUCCUACGUUGGAGAUAGGCCAGCGACUGAAACAGCAAUUGGCAGGCUCUGGUCUCCCAGAACCACGCUCUCAGAGUGCGAAGGACAGUAAACAGGAUCAGCUACUCUACCUCUUCGAAGAGUGGGUUCGUCUUUGUCGCAAUCCGAACGCGUCCACAGUCGCACCCUCGCAGUUCAUCUCACAAAUGUACAACCGGCAACAGAUCAACAAUCGGGACGAUCUUCUUAUUUUCAUCCGAGUGGCUGUCGAUAACUCGGUCGACCGUUUCGAGCAGCACAUGCAGAAUGACGGAAACCCUAAUGAUGCGUAUGUCGCCACGGACUCGUUGGCCAAGCUCAUUGCCAUGCUUGUCCGAGGCCAUGAGCAGGAUGGCGAAGUCAAAACUGACAAGGCAGCAUACCUGAGUUCGAUCUUGUCUCUGACUAUCUUGGUUUUGAACCAUCACCAUGUGCUUCGUGGUGAAGGCUUUAAUCAAAAGCCAUUCUAUAGACUAUUCUCCGUCAUGCUCUGCGAAUUGGACGCGUAUGGGAAUGCCCUGCUGGAAGAGGAACAUCAGGAGAUCAUUCUCGUCUUUGCUCGUGCCUUCCUCAAGAUCCCUCCAACUCAUUUCCCCGGUUUCAUCACCAGCUGGAUGAGCCUGAUAUCCCACCGAGUUUUCAUGCCAGCUAUAUUGAGAAUCCCGCAACAGGCCGGAUGGGGAUUGUUCGCGGAUAUCAUGGAGAAGUUGUUGUUCUAUCUUGCAGAGAUUCUCAAGCCGCUGCAUCUUGACGCGACCACCAAUCAGAUCCACCGAGGUGUUCUCAAACUUAUCGUCAUGCUCCACCAUGAUUUCCCUGAUUUCCUGGCCGCCAAUCACUCCAAACUCUGUGCCAACAUCCCCAGCUACUCUGUGCAGCUAUAUAAUCUCAUUCUCAGUGCGACGCCACCUCAAUUUUCCGACACUCCCAAUCCGUUGCAGCCUGGACUGAAGAUUGAUCGAGCUGGAGAGAUUCGAGACUCCCCCGAGAGCAUGAAUGAUGUAGAGGCACCUUUGAGAUCUUCUGGAUUACUAGACGUCGUCGAACGAGCCUUGGAAAAUGGCCCAUCCGAAGAUGCAGUUGCCCAUAUCGCGCACGAGAUCCAACGAAAGAAGACAGGCUUGACAGGAUACGGCUUUGUUCCCAUCAAUGCUGAUCCGAAGCUGAUUGAUUCCCUCGUUCUUUACAUCGGCAUGAACUCCAUCGCAAGAUCUGAGCUAAGAGGCGGUCCUUUGUUCACUCCGAGUACCCAUGAUGUUAACUUGCUGUCAAUGCUUGUCCGGGAGCUUCAUCCGGAGACUCGAUACUUCUUCCUGAGCAGUAUCGUCAACCAACUUCGGUUCCCUAACGCGCAAACUCACUACUUCUCUCAGGUACUUCUUGAUCUGUUUGGCAGUGAUAUCAAUGAGCAUGAAGACAUGGAAGUAUGCCAGCAGAUCACCCGAAUUUUGCUAGAGCGGUUGCUUGGACAAUGGCCACAGCCUUGGGGCCUCCUUGUUGUGACCCAGGAGCUGCUCAAGAACAAGAAGUACAUGUUCUUUGACCUGCCAUUCAUGAAGUUGGCACCCGAUGUUGCUGAACGUUUCCAUAAUCUCGUACAAGCGGGACCGGUCUAG